UGUAUAUGUACGUUUAUAUGUAAUUGUAUGUGCGUAUUGCACGUAUAUACGUGUAUGUAUCUGGUAAAGGGUCGAUACCUAGGUACUUGUGUACUUUCAUACGCCUUAGCACAUACGUUACUUUGCGUUAUUGAACCUUGAAGACAAGACACCUAUUAGACCUAUUAGACCUAUUAAACCCUAUUAAACAGAAUCCACUUUCCUCCCAUUCUAAUCCACCCAUCAUCUAUCUACCCGUCCAACCAAUCCGUUCCGUCCAAUCCAUUCUCACCUUUUCUUCCCUCCACCCUUCCUACCUAGGUACCCUCCACCACCACUGCUACCUAGACCACCACGCUCCAUUCGUACAUGCAUGAUUCUACGCUAGACGGUAGACGCUAGAACACUAGAACAACCCGCGUAUUACAUAACUCUACACAUAACUCUCUUCUACAUGUACACAAUUAACAUAACACGCUCUACUUCUAUACCUCUACCACUUUUUCACUCCUUCAUACAAAACAACCACUUAUUCAACGCGUUGUAUCUUACACUUACAUUACUCUAGACUCUUUACAAGACCCAUUGUCGCGUUGUCCAGUCAUGGAUUCACCCGCAACCAUGUCUCCGACGCGCGCCUUGUCGUCAGAGUCUAGUGUUGGCGCGGCUGCCGACACCUUCUCGAACGCCGCGUCGCUCAGCUCGACACCACCCACCACCAUAGCCGACUCUAUGAGUUUGGCUUCAGACACUUCUAAAGUCAAUACUCCUACUGCCAUUGGCCAUCACAACGACCCUCUUGACGCGAUGGACGUCGAUACAACCUCCGAGGUAGCUGACUCUAUUGUCGCGUCAGCUGAACCUCUUAACCUCCCUCAACUCCCUCAGCUUUCUCGACCUGCCGCGCAAACUACACCUAACACACCCCUCGUCACCCGUUCGCGUCGCGAGCGCCUCAGCGCGCCUGUUUACAACCUCGCCAAGUUAGCCGGCACCGCCAUCCAUGGCAAACGACGAGCCAAGGGUGACGAUGUCUCUGACCGAAAGCGACGCGGCACCACUGCUCGCGAGACGCCAAUUGCAAAGGAAGAGGACACGACUCCCGCUCCCGUGGCUCCCAUUGCUCCUGUCGAAUCGACGAAUUCUAGCAAAGGCCCGAACCCGAAAGAGUCCACACCGUCUCGACGAAUUUCUACACGUUCCUCAGUCCAAGAACAGGAAACAUUGGCGAGUAGAUUAUCCACCCUGGGUAAACGAGGAAGAAUGGCUGUCGAGAAGGGUGUAAGCAAGAUGUCGCGUGAGCUACGACGAUUACAAGACACGGACGAAUUCGCAGGCAUUGACAAGAAGCCCGUUGUCUAUACGACUUGGGCCAACGGAAAGUACGUCACAGAAGAGGAGUUACAGCCUCCGCGAAAGAAAGUCAAGGUCACACCCGAAGCGCCAGCAGCUCCCGCGGCAGAGCCUGAGCCUGUGGUCGAGGAAGGACCCGUCCUUAAGAAGCGACGGGUUAAGAAAUACCUUGACCGUGGUUUAUACGCUGGUCAGGCACCUCCGGUGGAUGUUUCUAAGGGCCUCACUCCAACCGAGAAGAAAAACCUGACCGAGCAUCCUGAGCUGAUGCCGACUGAUAAGAUCAACAAGACUAUGCCUAUGCCCAUAUAUAAUGGAUUGCGCAUGCUGAUCCAGGGUCGAGAUUUUAAGUUACCUUUUGACAUUUGCAACCCUUUGCCGCCUGGGCAGCCGAAGCCAGAUGAGUGGCGCAAGAUCACCAAGAAUCGGUUCGUUGGUGACGCGGGAGCUUAUUGGAAGAAGACUCCCCAUUUCAAAGACUAUCAGUCUAAGUGUGUGUGUACUCCGGAAGACGGUUGCGGUGAAUCUUGCCAGAACCGAAUCAUGCUCUACGAGUGUGAUGAGACCAAUUGUAAUGUUGGUUCGGAUUUGUGCCAGAACCGUGCUUUUGCGCGAUUGCAGGAGCGCAUUAAAGAGGGCGGAAAGUACCGUGUCGGAGUUGAGGUAAUCAAGACGGCGGAGAAGGGUUACGGCAUUCGAGCCAACCGCUGUUUCGAGCCCAACCAAAUCAUUAUGGAGUACACGGGUGAAAUUAUUACCGAGGAAGAGUGCGACCGCCGGAUGACCGACAAGUAUAAGGACAACCAGUGUUAUUACUUGAUGUCCUUUGAUCAGAAUAUGAUCAUAGACGCAACGACUGGUAGUAUCGCUCGUUUCGUCAAUCACUCAUGUUCGCCGAACUGCCGCAUGAUUAAAUGGAUCGUCUCAGGACAGCCCCGCAUGGCUCUUUUUGCUGGUGAUCGCCCCAUUAUGACAGGCGAAGAGCUUACGUACGACUACAAUUUUGACCCUUUUUCGGCUAAGAACGUUCAGAAGUGUCUUUGUGGUAGUGCGAAUUGCCGAGGCGUGCUUGGUCCUAAACCGAAGGAAGUGAAGCAGCCGAAGCCUCCGAGGGAAAGCCCGGAUGCUACCAAGAAGGGUGCCAAUGCAGGUAAGAGGAAGUUGAAGGACACCUCAAGAGAUCACGAUGACGACGGAGGAAGUGCUGCUAAGAAGCGCAAGGUGAAGACGCCAACGGGAGUUAAGGCACAAGACACUAGGCGCACCAUCUCUGCUGCUAGCCUUCAGGCUGCUACUAAGGGUGCCGCCACGGCUAUUAAGCGUACCGUUUCGACAAUCUCAGUUAGCACUAAGGCGAUGCUAGGAUCGAAGUCAUCUGCAGGUCACAAGACAGCGGCUGUUCGCAAGUCCAAGACGGUAGUUAAGACCUACAGCAAGGCGAAGAUUCAGACGAAGCUCCCGGCAGCUUUCAGAACGAGUACUCGGCGACCGUCUUCGCGAAAUUCAAGCCCGACGAUUGUUGCCGCGGGUGCUGAGAGUGCGCGCAUGGUGGAGGCUGGACCGUCUUCGCCUCUUAGCGAGGAGACGAUGACGCCUCGAGACGACGAUAGCGUAGAUGAAGGUCAAUCCGGCCUGGCAUCUUCCGGAAUUGUCGUCAAUGCGAGGGAAUCCGUGGGUCGAAUUUAGCUUGUUUGCUUUUCAAGCAAUGUCAUAACCCAUCGGUGGUUAUCGAAAGCUAAAUAUCAUUAUCUAGGUAAUAUUCUGACCCAUGGGGUUUCAAAUGAAACCGCCAUUGUUGUGCUAGAGUCGUUUA